AUGGAAGGGUGCAGUGACCAGCCCAACCCCUCUGUGCUGACAAGUUCUAACCUGGAGAGGUGCAACAGAGACAGUUACCUUACCACCAAAGAGAGCCUGAGCUGCCCUUCCUGCACUGAGCCUGUUGUUCUCCUUGGUCAAGAUCCAAGUGUGGUGCCAGUGUACGUCAUCUACAGAGAGCAUAACAGUUUCUUAGAUAUCGCCUACUGGAUGUUAUUCCCGUACAAUCGCGGGAAGCAGGUCUGCAUUGGAUUUUUUCAGAAAGGGUGCUUUAUUUGCCCGGAGUUUUUGGGCCGGUGUCCUUGCGGAGGGAAUCUGGGUUGCAUUGGAGUUCCUUCAUCCCUUUUUCACCACGUUGGAGAUUGGGAGAAAGUUAUAGUACGUUUUCGGAAAGUCAACACACACUAUCAGAUCUACUCCAUUUGGCUGUCGAUCCAUAACGACGAAAUUACAGCCAAGUUUGGUGGAGAAUUCCUCUGGAAAGAUGGCUAUUUCCAGAAGAGAGAUCAAACUGUGGCAAUGUAUAAUGGUACUCAUGCAGUAGUCUACUGUGCCAAGGGUUCACAUGGAAUGUGGCCUGAUCCUGGACGUCACGUUUGGUUAAACCUUACGAACGGAGACUCUCUAGAGGAUGAGGCCAGCAGUGGUAAAAGUUGGCACACAUGGAAACAUUUAAAGCCUGUCCAAUACGAUCCUGAUGGCCAAUACAGCGGCGAGUUCAAGUUCAUGGGAUUCUUAGGCCGGUGGGGAAACCGAAAGCGCGGCUGUGCCAUCGUAGAAUUGUUCAUUAAGGAAUGCCAGCUUAACAGCGGUCCAAUAGGUCCCUCUCGCUUCCCUAACUUUGAAACUUAG